AUGCCUUGCGGCUCCACACGCCAGGGGCGCAUCCACAAGGCCGCGCCGCCCGCCUGGCCAGGCCUCCCGCAUGUUCGGCGAGAUCUCCACCCUCGACGCCUGCACGCGGGAGGCACUCCUCCGGCCAGCCCUCCGUGCGCCGCCAGCUCCGCCAGCCGCUCUUCCAGUCCCCGCGGACGCAACAGCCGCGCCGCCAGCGCCGGGACCAACCGCUCGUCGGUGGGCGCUGCCCCUUCCGCGUUCACGGACAUCGGGGACAUCCACGGCGCGCGGCCAGGGCUUGGAGGGGCCGUCGUCCACAAGGCGCCGCCCAAGGCGCGGCAGGUGCCAGAGCAUCGCAAGGCGCCGCCGCCAUACGUGGCGAAGGCCGUGGAGGACGCCCCGUGGAAGGCGCCGCCCGGCCGCUUGGGCCCCCCGGCCGGCAGCCCGCAGCCCGCGAGGCGCCCCAGCAAGGCGCCGCCGCCAGUGCUGCCGCUGCCAGUGCUGCGGCCGGAGGAAGCCUCAGGGGAGCACCCCCGACCAAUCGGCAGGCACGAGCUGCUCAUGGGCAGGACACGGUCGCCGCCCCCGCCCGGCGUCGUGCUGCCCCGCACGGAGCCGGUCUCAGGGCAACAUGUCGGUCGUUUGCGUGGAGAAGUAUGGGAAGACGAAGAUUGGCAGACUUGGUCCUGGGAUCGCCGCGAGGACUGGGGGCCCGCCGAGGACUGGGGCCGUGGCGCACGAGGCUCCGCCGCCGGCUCCUCCGGCUGGUGA